UUGUUCCAAUUGCUUGUUUCUUCGCCUUCUUGAACUCAUGAUCGCCAUUUUGCACAGUCCAGAAGGAAUGUUGUGCAUUUGAAUUAUUUCUUUAUGUUGUAUUUUGUGCUACGUUACCGUCUGUAAUAGUCAAGACUUUCAGUAUAUAGUGUCUGAGUACAUUUGAGAGCAUGGUAGGGUCAAGAGUGUAUGUCGGUGGCCUUCCGUAUGGUGUCCGAGAGAGGGAUCUCGAACGGUUUUUCAAAGGCUAUGGCCGCACGCGAGAUAUUCUUCUCAAGAACGGUUAUGGUUUCGUUGAGUUUGACGAUCACAGAGAUGCUGAUGAUGCAGUUUAUGAAUUAAAUGGCAAAGAAUUACUCGGUGAAAGAGUGUCUGUAGAGAAAGCGCGAGGUACGCCGCGUGGGAGUGAUGUCUGGCGGGGCUCGGGCCAUGGCCGCAGUUUAGCGCCUCUCCCGCGCAGGCCGUCUCGCGCACGCGACAGGGAACCAGAUCACCGGAUUUCAGACAGAUAUGGCCCACCUACUCGUACAGAAUACAGAUUGAUUGUGGAAAACCUUUCAACCAGAGUCAGCUGGCAGGACCUAAAAGACUACAUGCGACAGGCUGGAGAAGUGACUUAUGCAGAUGCUCACAAGGACCGUAGAAAUGAAGGGGUAGUUGAAUUUGCCACCAGCUCUGACAUGAAGAAUGCUCUAGACAAGCUUGAUGAUACUGAACUGAAUGGGAGGAGAAUUCGUUUGAUUGAGGAUCGGCGAAACUCACGGCGAUCUCGAUCAUCAAGUUCUAGAUCUCGCUCACGCUCUCGUUCCAGGCGCCGAUCACGAUCCAGGAGAUCCCGCAGCAGACGCAGCAGUAGAAGUCGCAGCCGCAGAAGUAGCAGGUCCAAAUCUAAGUCUGCUUCAAGAUCCAAGUCCCGAUCCAAAUCUCGUGAACGAGAAAAGUCAAAGUCUAAAACACGAUCUCGCUCCAGAUCAGAACCUAAGAAACGUUCUAAGUCCAGAUCACAAUCUGUAUCAAAGGGAAAGCCAAAAGAGAGGUCACGCUCACCCAGCAAAGAGAAGUCCAAGUCAAGAAGUCGCUCAGUAGAAAAGAAUGGAGAACGAUCACCAGAAACAAAAGACGAUUAAAUUUUUGUAUUUUUAUAUUUGUUUGCAACUAUUGUGAUUUUUUUAAGCAUUGUGAAAGGUUUAUUUGUAGUUUGAUUGGUUGAGAUCAGGCUGGUUGUUUGGGUCCAUUAUAACAGAUGUUAUCACAUUUUGUCCUGAAUUUGUUGACUGAAAUUUCUAAUAUUAAACACCAUGCACUUCCUUUAGCAAAAUCUUGUCUGUUAGUUUGGUUAUGUAAAUUCUAUUUGAAACUUGAACUGCAGCUGAAUUUUGGUUCUGUCUGCAACAUAAUUUAAAAUGUUGUUUUACAUUUUAAUCUUGUAACUACAUAUGUUUUAUUAUUUAGUUAAGAUUUUGUUAAAUUGUAAAUACUUGUCAACUUUUUCUUUGCUAACUUACCAUCAAUAAGUCAUAAGUUAUAAUUUUAUUGACUAUUACUUUACUAGACUCAUGUAUUUUUGUUUGGUGGGAAAUGAAAUGUGGGCUAAAAUAUUUAGUUUUGUACUCUACCCCUCUACCAUCUUGGAUCUGCCAAUAAAUUUUCUUUCAAGUAUAUACGAUUAUCUUGUUUUUUUUUUUUUUUUUUCUUCAAAUUACAUCAGAAAUUAAGAAUUAAAAAAAAAACUACUGUGCCCAUUAAACAAUUAAGAUUAUUUAAAAUCCAAUCAAGUUGUUUAAUUAGUUAUUUGUACCUUCAUUUGCCCAUUCCUAUUCCAAUCUAAAAUACUAAGUUGGUGCUUCUUGCCAGUUUCUCUCAAUUUUCGAGAAAGUACAAUUCCAUCUUAUUUAAUAAUUUGUGUUUUCCUUAUUCUUAUCCAAAAGUGUAUGAAACACAUUUGUAGUUAGAUAUACAUUAUUGCAAGUAGUCAUCAAUAUAAUUGUGAAAUUGUAAUUAGAUCCAAUAAACAGUUCAUAUUUGUCA